GACGACGAGGUGGUCUUGCAGUGCACCACGACGCUGCUGAAGGAGCAGCUCAAGCUCUGCCUGUCGGUCGAGGGCUUUGGGAACCGCCUGUGCUCGCUGGAGCCCACCUCCAACGCACAGAAUGUCCCCCCCGACCUGGCCGUGUGCUGCUUCGUGCUGGAGCAGUCGCUGUCGGUGCGGGCCCUGCAGGAGAUGCUGGCCAACAGCUCCGAGAUCGGCAGCGAGUCCUCCCAGGGUGGGGGUCACCGGACGCUGCUCUACGGCCACGCCAUCCUGCUGAGACACUCGCACAGCGGCAUGUACCUGAGCUGCCUGACCACCUCCCGCUCGGUCACCGAAAAACUGGCCUUCGACGUGGGGCUGCAGAAGGACGCCGCAGGUGAGGCGUGCUGGUGGACGAUGCACCCGGCGUCCAAGCAGCGCUCGGAGGGGGAGAAGGUUCGGGUGGGAGACGACCUGAUCCUGGUGAGCGUGUCCUCGGAGAGAUACCUGCACCUGUCCACGGCCUCCGGGGAGCUCCAGGUGGACGCCUCCUUCAUGCAGACCCUGUGGAACAUGAACCCCAACUGCUCGGGCUCCGAGGAAGGUUUUGUCACCGGCGGCCACGUCCUGCGCCUGUUCCACGGCCACAUGGACGAGUGCCUGACCCCCACGGCCCCCGAGCAGGGCGAGGAGCGCAGCAGCGUUGUCAACUACGAGGGCGGCGCCGUGUGCGCCCACGCCAGGUCCCUGUGGCGCCUGGAGCCCCUGCGCAUCAGCUGGAGCGGGAGCCACCUGCGUUGGGGACAGCCCUUCCGCCUGCGCCACGUCACCACCGGCCGCUACCUGGCGCUGACCGAGGCCACCGGGCUGGCCAUGGUGGAGGCCACCGCGGCCAACACGCGCGUGGCCACCUUCUGCUUCCGGGCCUCCAAGGAGAAGCUGGAGACGACCCCCAAAAGGGACAUCGAGGGCAUGGGGCCCCCCGAGAUCAAGUACGGCGAGUCGCUGUGCUUCCUGCAGCACGGCGCCAGCGGGCUCUGGGUCACCUACGCCGCCCCCGACCCCAAGGCCCUGCGCCUCGGCCUGCUCAAGAGGAAGGCCAUCCUGCACCAGGAGGGGCACAUGGACGACGCGCUGACCCUGAGCCGCUCGCAGCGCCAGGAGUCGCAGGCGGCUCGGAUGGUCUUCAGCACCACGGGGCUCUACGGGGCCUUCAUCAGGAGCCUGGACAGCCUCCAGGGCCGCCCCGGGGGUCUCCGCCGCCCCCCCUGCCCCAUCGCCGCCGUCAUCCUGAGCCUGCGGGACCUGAUCGGGUACCUGGAGCCGCCGCCCCCCGAGCUGCGGAACGAGCAGCGCCAGGGCCGCCUGCGGGCGCUGCGGGCCCGCCAGAGCCUCUUCAGCAGGAGGGUGUCUGUCCCAGUUUCGGGGUGCCGGGGGUCCCACGGGGGGGGUUCUGACCGCCCCCCCGGGCCGCAGGGGAUGCUGACCCUGGUGCCAGGGAUGCUGACCCUGGUGCUGAGCUGCAUCGACCGCCUGAGCGCCUACAGCACCGCGGCGCAGUUCGGGGAGGCCGCGGGCGAGGAGGCGGCGGCCGCCUGGAAGGAGAUCGUCAACCUGCUCUACGAGCUGCUGGCCUCGCUGAUCCGGGGGAACCGAGCCAACUGCGCGCUGUUCUCCACCAACCUGGACUGGCUGGUCAGCAAGCUGGACAGGCUGGAGGCCUCCUCGGGCAUCCUGGAGGUGCUGUACUGCGUGCUGAUCGAGAGCCCCGAGGUGCUGAACAUCAUCCAGGAGAACCACAUCAAGUCCAUCAUCUCCCUGCUCGACCAAACAGGCCGCAACCACAAGGUGCUGGACGUGCUGUGCUCGCUGUGCGUCUGCAACGCCGUGGCCGUGCGCUCCAACCAGAACCUGAUCACCGAGAACCUGCUGCCGCGCCGCGACCUCCUGCUGCAGACCGGCAUGGUCAACUACGUCACCAGCGUGCGCCCCAACCUGUUUGUGGGGACGGCGCCGGGCUCGACGCAGUUCCGCUGCUGGUACUUCGAGGUGGCCGUGGAGCGCGCCCGGCCCUUCGUCACGCCCGUGCCCACCCACCUGCGCGUGGGCUGGGGGGCGGCCGGGGGCUUCCGGCCCCGCCCCGGGCGGGGGGCGCGGGCUGGGGGGGGCAACGGCGCCGGCGACGACCUCAACUCCUUCGCCUUCGACGGCCUCCACCUGUGGACAGGGGGGGUCCCCAAGGCCGUGGCGUCCCCCCAGCGCCGGGCUCUGGCCGAAGGGGACGUGGUCAGCUGCUGCCUGGACCUGGGGGUCCCCAGCGCCUCCUUCCGCCUCAACGGGGCCCCGGUCCAGGGGGUCCUCGAGGGCUUCAACCUCGACACCCUCUUCAGCCCCGUGGCCAGCUUCUCGGCGGGGGUCCGACUCCGGUUCCUGCUGGGGGGCCGCCACGGCGAGUUCCGUUUCGUGCCGCCGCCCGGCUACGCGCCCUGCGCCGAGGCGCUGCUGCCCCGGGAGCGGCUGCGGCUGGAGCCGCUGACCGCGUACCGCGGCUCGGCCCCGCCCGGGGCCCGCAGCCUCCUGGGGCCCAGCCGGGCCCUGCCCCACACCGCCUUCACCCCCUGCCCCGUGGACACCUGCCAGAUCGUGCUGCCCCCACACCUGGAGCGCAUCCGGGAGAAGCUGGCGGAGAACAUCCACGAGCUCUGGGCCCUGACCCGCAUCGAGCAGGGCUGGACCUACGGGCCUGUCCGGGAUGACGUGCAGCGCCUGCACCCCUGUUUGCUGAGCUUCCACAGCCUCCCCGAGCCCGAGCGCGGCUACAACCUCCAGAUGUCGGGGGAGACCCUCAAGACGCUGCUGGCCCUGGGCUGCCACGUGGGGAUGGCGGACGAGAAGGCUGAGGAGAACCUGAAGAAGAUCAAACUGCCCAAAACGUACACCAUGUCCAACGGGUACAAGCCGGCGCCGCUGGACCUGUCUCACGUGCGGCUCACGCCGGCCCAGCUGACCCUGGUCGAUCGCCUGGCCGAGAACGGCCACAACGUCUGGGCUCGGGACAGGGUCCAGCAGGGCUGGACCUACAGCACCACCCAGGACAUCAAGAACAAGCGGAACCCGCGGCUGGUCCCCUACAACCUGCUGGACGAGGGGACAAAGGCCACCAACCGCGAGAGCCUGUGCCAGGCCGUGCGGACCCUGCUGGGCUACGGCUACAACAUCGAGCCCCCCGACCAGGAGACGCCCUCGCAGGGUGCGGCUCCCGGGGGUCCCCGCGCCCCCCGGCCGCGGCUGUUCCGGGCGGAGCGGGGCUCGGCCGUGCGCAGCGGCCGCUGGUACUUCGAGUUCCAGGCGGUGACGGCCGGCGAGAUGCGCGUGGGCUGGGCCCGGCCCGGGCUGCGCCCCGACACCGAGCUGGGCGCCGACGACAUGGCCUUCGUGUUCAACGGGCACCGGGCCCAGCGGUGGCACGUGGGGGGCGAGUCCUUUGGCCGCUCGUGGCAAGCUGGGGACGUGGUGGGUUGCCUGAUCGACCUGGGCGAGUGCCACAUGAGCUUCACCCUCAACGGGGAGGUGCUGAUCGGGGACGGCGGCUCCGAGGUGGCCUUCAGGGACUUCGAGGUGGCCGACGGCUUUGUCCCCGUGUGCAGCCUGGGGCUGGGCCAGGAGGGCCACCUGAACCUGGGCCAGGACGUGGGCACGCUGCGCUACUUCGGCAUCUGCGGCCUGCAGGAGGGCUACGAGCCCUUCGCCAUCAACAUGAAACGGCCCAUCGCCCUCUGGUUCAGCCACAGCCUGCCCCAGUUCAUCCCAGUGCCCCCCGAGCACCCCCAGCUGGAGGUGACCCGCCUGGACGGCACCGUGGACACCCCUCCGUGCCUGCGGCUGUCGCACCGCAGCUCCGGGACCCCCGCGGCGCCCCCCGAGCUGCUGUUCCUGCGCCUCAGCCUGCCGGUGCAGUUCCACCCCACCUUCCGCUGCACCCCCGGGACCACCCCCCUGCCGCAGGCGCCCCCCCCGGAGCCCCCCGAGGAUGCGGCGGCCGAGCCCCUGUCCGAGUUCGAGCGGCUGCGGCGCUCGGCCGGGCCCCGCAGCGCCGAGGGCGACGAGGGCGCCGAGAAGGGAUCCCCGGGGGGAGCCCCCGGGGCCGCCCCCCGGGAACCGCCCCGCGGCGAGAACGAGAAGGACGCGACCACCGAGAAGAGCAAGACCAGGAGGGGGUUCCUAUUCAAGGGCCGCAAGACGCCGUUCACGCCCCCCCCCGCGCCCCCUCCCGUGCCCCGGCUGGAGGAGGACGUGGUGCCCGACGAGCGCGACGACCCCGAGGUCAUCAUGAACACCACCACGUACUACUACUCGGUGCGGCUGUUUGCGGGGCAGGAGCCGGGCAGUGCCUGGGUGGGCUGGGUCACCCCCCACUUCCACCAGCACGACCCCGACUUCGAGCUGGGCCGCGUGCGCAGCGUCACCGUCACCAUGGGCGACGACCGCGGCAACGUGCAUGACAGCAUCAAGCGCAGCAACUGCUACAUGGUGUGGGGGGGGGAGUUUGCGACCCCCACCCAGCAGGCGCGGGUGUCCCACACCGACCUGGUCAUCGGCUGCCUGGUGGACCUGGCCACGGGGCUCAUGACCUUCACGGCCAACGGCAAAGAGAUCAACACCUUCUUCCAGGUGGAGCCCAACACCAAACUGUUCCCGGCGGUGUUCGUGCAGCCCACCACCCAAAACGUGCUCCAGUUCGAGCUGGGCAAGCUCAAGAACAUCAUGCCCAUCUCGGCGGCCAUGUUCAGCAGCGAGCGGCAGAACCCGGCCCCGCAGUGCCCGCCCCGGCUGGUCAUCCAGCAGCUGACCCCGGUCACCUGGAGCCGCAUGCCCACCCAGUACCUGGCCGUGGAGAGCGCCCGGCUGGGCGAGCGCCAGGGCUGGGCCGUGGAGUGCUCCGAGCCCCUGCAGAUGAUGGCGCUGCACAUCCCCGAGGAGGACAGGUGCAUCGACAUCCUGGAGCUGUGGGAGCGCGAGGAUCUGCUGCAGUUCCAGUGCCACACGCUGCGGCUCUACUGCGCCGUGUGCGCGCUGGGCAACAACCGCGUGGCCCACGCCCUCUGCAGCCACGUGGACCAGGCCCAGCUGCUCUUCGCCAUCGAGAGCCCCGAGCUGCCGGGACCCCUGCGGGCCGGCUACUACGACCUGCUGCUAGCCAUGCACCUGGACGCGGCGCAGCGCGCCCGCUCCUCCAUGAGCGCCGAGUUCAUCGUGCCCAUCACCGAGGCCACGCGCGCCAUCGCGCUCUUCCCCGACGGCGGGCGCUGCCCGGGACCCCCGGGCGUGGGGCCCAGCGCCUGCCUGAGACCCCAGCCCCAUUUCUCGGAGCCGUGCUUCAUCCGCGCGGCGGGCGGCGGCGGGCGGGCGCCGCUCAGCCCGGCCAUCCCGCUGGACGAGCUGGGCGCCAAGGCCAUGCGCAUGCUGGCCGAGGCGGUGGCCGGCGGGGGUCCCCACGCCCGGGACCCCGUGGGGGGCAGCGUGGAGUUCCAGUUGGUGCCGGUGCUCAAACUGGUGUCGGCGCUGCUGGCGGUGGGAGCGCUGGGGGACGGCGACGUGCGCCGCGUGCUCCGCAUGAUCGAGCCCCGCGUCUUCGGGGACGCUGGCGAGGAGGAAGAGGAGGAGGAUGAGGAGGCGAGGAGGAAAAAGGCCAUGGAGGCUGGAGAGCUGGAGGAGGAGGAGGAGGAGGAGGAGGAGGAGGAGGAAGAAGAGGAGGAGGAGGAGAAGGAGGAAGAGCUGGAGGAGGGGCUGCUGCAGAUGAAGCUGCCGGAGUCGGUCAAGCUGCAGAUGUGCCACCUGCUGCAGCACCUGUGCGAGCGGGAGCUGCAGCACCGCGUGGAGGCCAUCGUGGCCUUCUCGGAGCGCCACGUGCAGCGGCUGCAGCGGGACCAGCGGCGCCGCUACGGCCGCCUGAUGCGGGCACUGACCAUGUCGGCUGCAGAGACCGCCCGGCGCACCCGCGAGUUCCGCUCGCCCCCGCAGGAGCAGAUCAACAUGCUGACGCAGUACAAGGGGGGGGCCGAGGAUGAGGAGUGUCCGGUGCCUGGGGACAUCCGGGACGAGCUGCUGGACUUCCACAAUGACCUGCUGGCCCACUGCGGUGUCGAGCUGACGGAGGAGGAAGAGGAGGAGGAGGAGGAGACGUCGCUGCGGCAGCGGCUGCUGGGGCUGGUGCAGAAGGUGGUGGGGGUCCGGGGCCCCCCCAAGGAGGAGGAGACCCCCCCCGAGGAGCCCCCGGUGCCCAGCACGCUGCAGGAGCUGAUCUCGCAGACCAUGGUGCACUGGGCCCAGGAGUCGUUCAUCCAGAGCCCGGCGCUGGUGCGCGCCAUGUUCAGCCUGCUGCACCGGCAGUACGACGCGCUGGGCGAGCUGGGCCGGGCCCUGCCCAAGGCUUACGCCAUCAGCGCCACCUCGGUGCCCGACACCACGGCCCUGCUCGAGUGCCUGGGCCAGAUCCGCUCGCUGCUCAUCGUGCAGAUGGGCCCCGAGGAGGAGAACCUCAUGAUCCAGAGCAUCGGGAACAUCAUGAACAACAAGGUGUUCUACCAGCACCCCAACCUGAUGCGGGCUCUGGGCAUGCACGAGACCGUGAUGCAGGUGAUGGUCAGCGUGCUGGGUGGCGGCGAGUCCAAGGAGAUCCGCUUCCCCAAGAUGGUGACCAACUGCUGCCGCUUCCUCUGCUACUUCUGCCGCAUCAGCCGCCAGAACCAGCGCUCCAUGUUCGACCACCUGGGCUACCUGCUGGAGAACAGCGGCAUCGGGCUGGGCAUGCAGGGCUCCACCCCCCUGGACGUGGCGGCCGCGUCCGUCAUCGACAACAACGAGCUGGCGCUGGCCCUCAAGGAGCAGGACCUGGAGAAGGUGGUGACCUACCUGGCGAGCUGUGGGCUGCAGAGCUGCCCCAUGCUGCUGGCCAAGGGCUACCCCGACAUCGGCUGGAACCCCUGCGGGGGGGAGAAGUACCUGGACUUCCUGCGCUUCGCCGUCUUCGUCAACGGGGAGAGCGUGGAGGAGAACGCCAACGUGGUGGUGCGGCUGCUGAUCCGGCGGCCCGAGUGCUUCGGGCCGGCGCUGCGGGGCGAGGGGGGCAGCGGGCUGCUGGCCGCCAUCCAGGACGCCCUGAGCAUCGCCCAGGACCCCGCACGGGACGGGCCCAGCGGCCGCAGGGAGAGGAGGCCGUUCGGGCCCGAGGAGCCCCCCGAGGAGAACCGGGUGCACCUGGGCCACGCCAUCAUGUCCUUCUACGCCGCCCUCAUCGACCUGCUGGGCCGCUGCGCCCCCGAGAUGCACCUGAUCCAGGCGGGGAAGGGGGAGGCCCUGCGGAUCCGGGCCAUCCUGCGCUCGCUCGUCCCGCUCGAGGACCUGGUGGGGAUCAUCAGCCUCCCCCUGCAGAUCCCGGCGCUGGGAAAAGACGGGAACGUGGUGGAGCCCCGUAUGGCCGCCAGCUUCGUCCCCGAGCACAAGGCGCCCAUGGUGCUGUUCCUGGACCGCGUUUAUGGGGUGCAGAACCAGGAGUUCCUGCUCCACGUGCUGGAAGUGGGGUUCCUGCCCGACAUGCGCGCGGCCGCCUCGCUGGACACGGCGACGUUCAGCACGACGGAGAUGGCGCUGGCGCUGAACCGCUACCUGUGCCUGGCGGUGAUGCCGCUCAUCACCAAGUGCGCGCCGCUCUUCGCGGGCACCGAGCACCGCGCCAUCAUGGUGGACUCCAUGCUGCACACCAUCUACCGCCUGUCGCGCGGCCGCGCCCUCACCAAGGCCCAGCGCGACGCCAUCGAGGAGUGCCUCAUGGCCCUCUGCAGGUACAUCCGCCCCUCGAUGCUGCAGCACCUCCUGCGCCGCCUCGUCUUCGACGUCCCCAUCCUCAACGAGUUCGCCAAGAUGCCCCUCAAGCUGCUGACCAACCACUACGAGCGCUGCUGGAGGUACUACUGCCUGCCCAGCGGGUGGCCCAACAUGGGCGUCAGCUCUGAGGAGGAGCUGCACCUCACCAGGAAGCUCUUCUGGGGCAUCUUCGACUCCCUGGCGCACAAGAAGUUCGAGGCCGAGCUCUACAAGCUGGCCAUGCCGUGUCUCUGCGCCAUCGCCGGCGCGCUCCCGCCCGACUACGUGGACGCCAGCUACUCGUCCCGCACCGAGAAGAAGGCCUCGGUGGACGCCGAGGGCAACUUCGACCCCAAACCCGUCGAGACCCUCAAUGUCAUCAUCCCCGAGAAGCUCGACGGUUUCAUCAACAAAUACGCCGAGUACACGCACGAGAAGUGGGCCUUCGACAAGAUCCAGAACAACUGGACUUUUGGGGAGACCGUGGAUGAAGAAGCCAAAACCCACCCGAUGCUGAGACCCUACAAAACCUUUUCUGAGAAGGACAAGGAGAUUUACCGGUGGCCCAUCAAGGAGUCCCUCAAGGCCAUGCUGGCCUGGGAGUGGACGGUGGAGAAGGCGCGCGAGGGGGAGGACGAGCGCACGGAGAAGAAGAAAACCCGAAAAAUCUCCCAAAACGCCCAGGCCACCUACGACCCCUCCCACGGGUACAGCCCCCAGCCCGUGGACCUGAGUGGGGUCACUCUGUCCCGGGAGCUGCAGGCCAUGGCGGAGCAGUUGGCUGAGAACUACCACAACACCUGGGGCCGCAAGAAGAAGCUGGAGCUGGAGGCCAAGGGCUGAUUUGGGGUGCAGGGGGGGGGGUCCCACCCGCUGCUGGUGCCCUACGACACGCUGACGGCCAAGGAGAAGGCGCGGGACCGCGAGAAGGCCCAGGAGCUGCUCAGGUUCCUGCAGCUGCACGGAUACGCCGUGACCCGGGGGCUGAAGGACAUGGAGCUGGACACGUCGUCCAUCGAGAAACGCUUCGCCUUCGGCUUCCUGCAGCAGCUGCUGCGCUGGAUGGACAUCGCCCAGGAGUUCAUCGCACACCUGGAGGCCGUGGUCAGCAGCGGGCGGGUGGAGAAAUCCCCCCACGAGCAGGAGAUCAAGUUCUUCGCCAAGAUCCUGCUGCCCCUGAUCAACCAGUACUUCCACAACCACUGCCUCUACUUCCUGUCCACCCCGGCCCAGGUGCUGGGCAGCGGCGGCCACGCCUCCAACAAGGAGAAGGAGAUGAUCACCAGCCUGUUCUGCAAACUGGCCGCGCUCGUCCGGCACCGCGUGUCGCUGUUCGGGACGGACGCCCCGGCCGUGGUGAACUGUCUGCUCAUCCUGGCGCGCUCCCUGGACGCCAGGACGGUGAUGAAGUCGGGCCCCGAGAUCGUCAAGGCCGGGCUGCGCUCGUUCUUCGAGUCGGCGGCCGAGGACAUGGAGAAGUUGGGGGAGCAGCUGCGGCUGGGCCGGGGGACCCCGACCCGCGCCCCCACCAAGGGCGUGGCCCAGAAUGUCACCUACACCUCGGUGGCACUGCUGCCCGUCCUCACCGCCCUCUUCGAGCACCUGGCACAGCACCAGUUCGGGGACGACGUCAUCCUGGACGACGUGCAGGUGUCCUGUUACCGCAUCCUGUGCAGCAUCUACAGCCUGGGCACCGCCCGCGGGCCCCUCGUGGACAGGCAGCGGCCGGCCCUGGGCGAGUGCCUGGCCCGCCUGGCCGCCGCCAUGCCCGUGGCCUUCCUGGAGCCGCAGCUGAACCACCUGAACCCCAGCUCCGUGUACAGCACCAAGAGCGCCCGCGAGCGCGCCCUGCUGGGUCUCCCCUCGCGGGUGGAGGAGCUGUGCCCGGACCUGCCGGACCUGGAGCGGCUCAUGGGGGACAUCGGUGGCCUGGCGGACUCGGGGGCGCGCUACACGGAGAUGCCACACGUGAUCGAGGUGACGCUGCCCAUGCUGUGCCACUACCUGCCCCGCUGGUGGGAGCGCGGCCCCGACGCCGCCCCCCAGGGCCCCUGGGCCACCGACGUCACCGGCCACCACCUCAACGCCCCUGGGCCACAUCCUGCACAUCGUGGUCAACAACCUGGGCAUCGACGAGGCCUCCUGGAUGAAGAGGCUGUGUUCGCCCAGCCCAUCGUGAGCAAGGCGCGGCCGGAGCUGCUGCGCUCGCACUUCAUCCCCACGCUGGGGCGGCUGCGGAAGCGCGCGGGGAAGGUGGUGGCCGAGGAGGAGCAGCUGCGGCUCGAGGGCAAGGCCGAGGGCGAGGACGCGGAGCUGCUGAUCCGCGACGAGUUCUCGGUGCUCUGCCGCGACCUCUACGCGCUCUACCCGCUGCUCAUCCGCUACGUGGACAACAGCCGGGCCAAGUGGCUGACGGAGCCCAACGAGGAUGCGGAGGAGCUGUUCCGCAUGGUGGGCGAGGUCUUCAUCUACUGGUCCAAGUCUCACAACUUCAAGCGUGAGGAGCAGAACUUCGUGGUGCAGAACGAGAUCAACAACAUGUCCUUCCUGACGGCCGACAGCAAGAGCAAGAUGGCCAAGUCUGGAGAUGGACAGGGCGGUGGCUCGGAGCAGGAGCGCUCCAAGAAGCGGCGCCGCGGGGACAGGUACUCGGUGCACACCUCGCUCAUCGUGGCCACGCUCAAGAAGAUGUUGCCCAUCGGCCUCAACAUGUGCUCGCCCGCCGACCAGGAGCUGAUCGCGCUGGCCAAGGGCCGCUACGCCCUGAAGGACACGGACGAGGAGGUUCGGGAGUUCCUGCACAACAACCUGCACCUGCAGGACAAGGUGGAGAACACGGGCUCGGCGCGCUGGCAGAUGGCCCUGGUGCGCCAGGCGGGCCGGGACGAGGACCCCGACAGCCCCGAGCAGGUCGUGCGCAGGGUGCAGGAGGUGUCGGCCGUGCUCUACCACCUGGAGCAGACGGAGCACCCCUACAAGUCCAAGAAGGCCGUGUGGCACAAGCUCCUGUCCAAGCAGCGCCGCCGCGCCGUCGUCGCCUGCUUCCGCAUGACCCCCCUGUACAACCUGCCCAGGCACCGGGCCUGUAACAUGUUCCUGGAGUCCUACCGGCUCUCGUGGCUGGCCCGGGAGCAGCCGCCCUUCGAGGACCGCAUGAUCGACGACCUCUCGAAGUCGGGGCGGGAGGAGGAGGAGGAGGAGGAAGAGGCGGAGGCGCGGCCGGACCCACUGCACCAGCUGAUCCUGCACUUCAGCCGCACCGCCCUGACCGAGCAGAGCCACCUGGAGCAGGAUCACCUGUACAUGGCCUACGCCGGGAUCAUGGCCAAGAGCUGCCACACAGAGGAAGGGGAAGAGGAAGAGAAGGAGGAAGAGGAGAAGGAAGAGGAAGAGGCCGAGGAUUCGUUUGAGGAGAAGGAGAUGGAGAAGCAGAAGCUGCUGUCGCAGCAGGCCCGGCUGCACACGCGGGGGGCGGCCGAGAUGGUGCUGCAGAUGAUCAGCGCCUGCAAGGGUGAGCGGGGGGCCAUGGUCUCCUCCACCCUCAAGUUGGGCAUCUCCAUCCUCAACGGGGGCAACGCGGACGUGCAGCAGAAGAUGCUCGAGUACCUCAAGUCCAAGCGCGAGGUCGGAUUCUUCCAGAGCGUGCAGGCGCUGAUGCAAACCUGCAGCGUCCUGGACCUGAACGCCUUCGAGCGGCAGAACAAGGCCGAGGGGCUGGGCAUGGUCACCGAGGAGGGCACGAUCAUCAGCCGGGAGAACGGGGAGAAGGUGAUGUCGGACGAUGAAUUCACCCAGGACCUGUUCCGGCUGCUGCAGCUGCUCUGCGAGGGCCACAACAACGACUUCCAGAACUACCUGCGGACGCAGACGGGGAACACGACCACCAUCAACAUCAUCAUCUGCACCGUGGACUACCUGCUGCGCCUGCAGGAGUCCAUCAGUGACUUCUACUGGUACUACUCGGGCAAGGACGUCAUCGACGAGCAGGGCAAGAGGAACUUCUCCAAGGCCAUGGCCGUGGCCAAGCAGGUGUUCAACAGCCUCACCGAGUACAUCCAGGGCCCCUGUACUGGGAACCAGCAGAGCCUGGCCCACAGCCGCCUCUGGGACGCCGUCGUCGGCUUCCUGCACGUCUUCGCACACAUGAUGAAGAAGCUGGCUCAGGACUCGUCCCAGCUCGGGCUGCUGAAGGAGCUGCUGGACCUGCAGAAGGACAUGGUGGUGAUGCUGCUGUCCCUGCUCGAAGGGAACGUGGUGAACGGCACCAUCGCCCGGCAGAUGGUGGACAUGCUGGUGGAGUCCUCCAGCAACGUCACCAUGAUCCUCAAGUUCUUCGACAUGUUCCUGAAGCUGCGCGACAUCGUCUCGUCCGACGCCUUCCGCCACUUCGUCACCGACCCGCGCGGGCUCAUCUCCAAGAAGGACUUCCAGAAGGCCAUGGACAGCCAGAAGCAGUACGAGCCCGACGAGAUCCAGUUCCUGCUCUCCUGCUCCGAGGCCGACGAGAACGAGAUGAUCGACGUGGAGAGCUUUGCCCAGCGCUUCCAGGAGCCGGCGCGCGACAUCGGCUUCAACGUGGCCGUGCUGCUGACCAACCUGUCGGAGCACGUGCCGCACGACCAGCGCCUCAAGACCUUCCUGGAGCAGGCCGAGAGCAUCCUGGACUAUUUCCGGCCCUUCCUGGGCCGCAUCGAGAUCAUGGGGGCGGCGCGGCGCAUCGAGCGCAUCUACUUCGAGAUCAGCGGCGCCAACAAGGCGCAGUGGGAGAUGCCGCAGGUCAAGGAGUCCAAGCGCCAGUUCAUCUUCGACGUGGUCAACGAGGGCGGCGAGGCCGAGAAGAUGGAGCUCUUCGUCAACUUCUGCGAGGACACCAUCUUCGAGAUGCAGAUCGCCUCGCGCAUCUCCGAGGAGGAGGCGCCGCGCGACGAGGAGGAGGAGGACGACGAGGACAGGGAGGACGAGGAGCCGGCCGAGGCUCCGGCGCCGGCGCUGCCGGGCUUCGGGGCGCUGCGGCGGCUGCUGGGCUCGCCGCAGGCGUGGCGCCGCAGGAUCAGGAGGCUGCGCAAGAAGUCGGGGCGCGAGCUGGCGUGGGAGGCGGGUGUGGGCGCGGGGCGCGUGGCGCUGGGGGGCGUGCUGGGGGGGCUGGGGGUGCUGGGGGCCGUGGGGCGCCUGGCCUGGAGCUCGCUCUUCGGCGGGGGGCUGGUGGAGGGGGCGCAGCGCCUGGGGGUCAUCGAGGUGCUGGGCUCCAUGCCCGACCCCACCCAGGACGCCGUGGGCGGGGGCGAGGCCGGGGCGGGCGACGAGGGGGGACCCCCGGAGCCGGAGCAGCCCCCCGAGGCGCAGCUGGAGGCGCCCCCGGCCGAGGAGGAGGAGGAGGAGCGGCGGGAGGUGAAGGCCGUGCCGGCGGGGCCGGGGGCGCGCAAGGACCCCCAUUUCAGGCUGGCGGCCCCCGACGCCCCCGGGGGGCUCGGGGACAUCGGGGAGCCCCCCGGGGCUGAGCCCCCCACCCCCGAGGGGACCCCCAUCCUGCGCAGGAAGAUCGGGGAGAUGGCGGAGCAGGUGGGGGAGGGGCAGAAGGAAGAGGAGCCCCCGGCCGAGACCGAGAAAGCCGACACAGAGAACGGCGAGAAGGGCGGGGGUCCCGAGGGGCCCGAGGAGGGGCCGGAGCCCCGCGCCCCCCCGAAGCGGCGCAAGUCGGUGCCCCGGGAGCGCCGGGAGCCCCCGGCCGAGGGCGGCUUCGACUUCUGGGGCGAGCUGGAGGUGCAGAGGGUCAAGUUCCUGAAUUACCUGUCGCGGAACUUCUACAACCUGCGGUUCCUGGCGCUGUUCCUGGCCUUCGCCAUCAACUUCAUCCUCCUCUUCUACAAGGUGUCCGAGCACCCCCCGGGCGCCCCGGAGGAGCCCGAGGGCUCGGGGGCGGCCCCCGAGGAGGACGGGGGCGUCCCGGGGGGCGCGGAGGCGGCGGGGGGGGUCCCGGAGGAGCCCGAGGUUUAUUAUUUCCUGGAGGAGAGCACGGGCUACAUGGGCCCGGCCCUGCGGGGGCUGGCGCUGGCCCACACGCUGGUGGCCUUCCUGUGCAUCAUCGGCUACAACUGCCUCAAGAUCCCCCUGGUGAUCUUCAAGCGGGAGAAGGAGGUGGCGCGGCGCCUCGAGUUCUCGGGGCUCUACAUCACCGAGCAGCCCCCGGACGACGACGUCAAGGGACAGUGGGACCGCCUGGUGCUCAACGCCCAAUCCUUCCCCAGCAAUUACUGGGACAAGUUCAUCAAGAGGAAGGUGAUGGAGAAGUACGGGGACAUCUACGGGCGGGAGAGGAUCGCCGAGCUGCUGGGCAUGGACCUGGCCAGCCUGGAAAUGGGGGCCCAGGGCGAGCGCAGGGCCCCCCCCGACAGCUCCCUGCUCACCUGGAUCACAUCCAUCGACAUCCGCUACCAGAUCUGGAAAUUCGGGGUGAUUUUCACCGAUAACUCCUUCCUGUACCUCACCUGGUACAUGGCCAUGUCCCUGCUGGGCCACUACAACAACUUCUUCUUCGCCUCGCACCUGCUGGACAUCGCCAUGGGCGUCAAGACGCUGCGCACCAUCCUCUCCUCCGUCACCCACAACGGCAAGCAGCUGGUGAUGACGGUGGGGCUGCUGGCCGUGGUGGUCUACCUGUACACCGUGGUGGCCUUCAACUUCUUCCGCAAGUUCUACAACAAGAGCGAGGAUGAGGACGAGCCCGACAUGAAGUGCGACGACAUGAUGACGUGUUACCUGUUCCACAUGUACGUGGGGGUCCGGGCCGGGGGCGGCAUCGGCGACGAGAUCGAGGACCCUGCGGGGGACGAUUACGAGCUGUACCGCGUGGUCUUCGACAUCACCUUCUUCUUCUUCGUCAUCGUCAUCCUCCUGGCCAUCAUCCAGGGUCUGAUCAUCGAUGCCUUCGGGGAGCUGCGGGACCAGCAGGAGCAGGUGAAGGAGGACAUGGAGACGAAAUGUUUCAUCUGUGGCAUCGGGAGCGAUUAUUUCGACACGACGCCGCACGGCUUCGAGACCCACACGCUGGAGGAGCACAACCUGGCCAACUACAUGUUUUUCCUGAUGUAUUUGAUCAACAAGGACGAGACGGAGCACACGGGGCAGGAAUCUUACGUGUGGAAGAUGUACCAGGAGCGCUGCUGGGAUUUUCCGGCCGGGGACUGCUUCCGCAAGCAGUACGAGGAUCAGCUGGGAUGA